AUGGCUCGUGGCUUGGGAAGACAAAUAUUUCGCGUGGGGCCCAAUGAAAUAUUUUGUUUACAUGGAGGAAUGGACAAUGAGGGUAGAGAUCGUCAUUCCGAUAAACCUGCAAAAACCCCUAAAAAUGCGUUUCGUUGGAAAGUCUCCUCCGUAGAGCGAAGGAUACAUGCGGGGGAGCAAAUCGAUGCGACCGGCUUGACAAUCCCAGUCAUUCUUGGAAUAAAUGCGCAGGUAUGCGACAAGGCCAGCUGGCUCAAUAAUACGAAACCAAAAGUUAGGAUGGCUCCAUCUUGGAGGAGUAUAGAUCCCAACAGAUAUACGUUUAGUGAGAAACUGCAGGAUAAUUUCUCUUCCUCAGAAGGCAUGAUUCCCUGGAAUACCAACAAAGCGGGAGGGAUGUCAGGCAGGGAUUGA